GUUAUAUGGCUAUUGACAUAUGACAGUUCAUAUAAUGCUGUGCAGUUUCAUUUUAAAUAGCUAUAAGUUUGUAAAUAGACAUUUAAAUUUCUACAAAUAAACUUUUAAAAAAAUGAAAAUAUUGAAUACUUGUUCGUGUGAGCUUAAAUUUGGGUUUAUUAUUUUAAAUUAACGUAUAAAUUCGUCAUACAUCGAUAAAUCAACUUUUGUUGCCUAAACAACGAGGGAAAGAAAGCGUACGAAGCUUAGCAACCAUUAUAACUAAUGAAGUUAUAAUUUUAUAAUUGCCAGAGUUAAAAAUGUCGGCUCCGUCACCAUUUUAUGAAGACGCGGUAGAAAAAGAUUCGUUAUUUUCUUCCGAAGAAGCAGAAGAGGCUGUAGUCGAAGAAGUUCACAUAGAAACUUCACAAGAUAGAUUAAUCGAGUACAGCGAUGAAGAUUUAGACGCUUUAGUAGGUUUCAUAAAAAAUAUGACGACAUUGUAUAACCUACAUGAAGAAGAUUGGACAGAACAAAACAGUAUUGUAAUAAAAAAAUGGUUUCGCGACGUUACUUUACCACUUCUUUGCGUUUAUUAUAAAAAUGAUCAACUGAUAUGUUCACAUACUUUACCUGAUGGCCCAUUUGCAGUAGAUAUGAUGUACUUUCUGCGGGAAGCUUCCCAAGAAUUUCAAGUCAACACUUUUCAUGAUAAUAUCAUUUUCGGAACUGUCGGGGAUAAUAUCGAGGGAUCUCUAUUGGAAUUGAUACGAGAUAUUUAUUUUCCUAUGUUAUUAUCAACAGAAAAAUGGCCGGACAGCGUGAGAAACGAAUUUUGUCAGAAUGUACAAAUGUUUUUAGCAAGAAUUACUGACCUACACUACAAGUUAUACGGUUUAACUAUCUUGUAUGUUCCUCUAGAAGUCACUAAGAUCUCUUUAGAGGAUGCCAAUGUUGAUAAAGAACUUAUUAAAAGACUAGAAGGAAUCGUCGUGUAUUGGACUAAACAGAUCAGAGUAGGUCUACAAGAUCAAGAUCAGAACACCCCAGAGGAUUUGUUAUGCCCCAAAGAUGAAUUUGAAUUUUGGAAAUAUCGAUAUGAGAAUCUUCUCGGAUUGAAUCACCAACUUAACAACGAAGGUAUACAGCAUAUUUGCAACAUAUUGCAGUCGGUGCAAUCGACGUAUGUUAAACAAUUUAGAUCGUUCGGUGAAGAGAUCGUUAAAUGUAUCGAAGAAUCGAAAUCAAACAUUGAAUAUCUCAAUAUUAUUGUCGCCCCAUGCGAAUCGUUGUCGAGAAUUAGGGAUCCUAAAGAUUUUUCGGAAAAAUUGCCUAAAAUUAUCCAGCUAAUCAGAUUUAUAUGGUUAAACAGCCUCUACUUCAAUACCAAGGAAAAGAUAACGCAGCUUUUUAGAGCUUUGAGUAAUCAAUUAAUAUUACAAUGUAAAUCGUUCAUCGAUUUGGAUAUUGUAUUCAAAUGUAAAGAGACCAGGAAUGCCAUCGAAAUGUUUCAAACGUGUGUGGACGCCUUAACUAAUUACAUCAAAACAUACGUUUUGAUAGCAAAAAGUCACACCAUAUACGGUGAUAAACCAUGGGAUUUGGAUAAAGCUCCGAUUUUCAACCAUAUCGAUUCAUUUAUUCAAAGGUGCAAAGAUAUGAUGGAAGUUUGCGAAACGAUGAUAUGUUUUGGAAGAUAUGAUGAAACCGAAAAGAUACCAAAGCCUAUGUUCGGUGGGGCCAAAGGGGUUGAUUUUGAUAACUGGGCCGAAAGAAUAGAGGGAAUGUACAAUGAGGCUUUGAUAGAUAUAGAUAAAGUACAGUUUAGAAUAUUGGAAGUUAACGCUUCCGAAUGGUACGACGACAUUUUAAAAUUUCGAACAAGAAUGAAAGAUAUAGAAGUGGUAAUAGAAAACCUAACAAAUGCAGUUUUUGAUAAUAUAGCUAAUAUAGAAGACGGCAUUGAAUCUCUAUGGGCACUACAUAAUUACACCAAAAGGAAAACGCUCACAUCGUUAUUUGAAGGAAAAACUUUACUGAUUUAUAGUAUGUUUAAAGAAGAAAUAUUGGAUGUGAAACAAGAUGCUCAAGCUGAAUUGGAAAUGCGACCUGUGUUGAUGCCCUACUUUGCCGGUAGAGCUCACAUGAUCAAAAUGAAGAAACAUCGAUUACAAAUGUUGAAAUCGUUAUUUGACGAUGCUGGUUGGAUGUUACCGUGUAGUUUAGCCAGAGACGUAUUCGCCCAAUAUGAAAAAUUAAUAAACUCCAUUGAAGACACAGUUUUGAAUUUAUAUCGAAAAUGGGUCGAUAGCCUCGGAGAAGACAUAAAUUCUCGAGUAAAUAGAUCGCUUAUGAUAAAAAGUGCCACGAAACCUGGUCACCUCGAAUGUAAUAUCGAUAGAUCAAUUUUGGAUAUAUUUCACGAGGCUAAUUAUUGGGACGCAUUACAAUAUGAAAUACCCCCUUAUGUGAAAUCUGUUUACCAGAAAAAAGAAACCAUCAAAUUUAUGUACGAAUGCGUCUUGAACGUCGUAUUGGAUUACAAUAAAAUUAUUUCUUCAUUAUCCGAAGACGAACGUUUGUUAUUUAAACCCUUAAUUUCGGCCGUGGAGAAAAAAAUAUCGCCUGGUUUGAGUAAAUUAACUUGGGGUACCGAUGUAGGUGACGAAUAUAUAGCUGAUUGCAGUAAUAAUACCGCAGAGUUGCAGUCAUUCGUCGACGAUUAUAAAUCGUGUAAUAUAAAAAUUGUUGCGAUUUGUGAAAAAAUCUGCGACUCACCAUUAAUUAGCUUAAGACCUAAUUACGCUUACGACAUAAACGAACUAAUUGAAGAAUUAACAAACAGCAUAGAAAAUGUAUUGACGAAAUUAAUCGAUUACUUUCAAGAAAUUAUCCAGUUCCUGAUUUUUGUUUUUGAAGGAUUCGAACAUCACAUGGGCACUAUGGCGAAUCAAUGGAUAAAAUAUAUUAAUAAUUUUGAUACACUAAUGGAGGAAGCUUUGAAAAUAUGUUGUAAAAAUUCGUUGGAAUUAAUGUACGAAGCUUUACAUGGAGACGGAACAACAGAACCGAAUCCUUUGAUCAAACUCGGGGCACAAUUAACUGAUAAUAGGAUUAAAUUCAAUCCGUCUUUAGCUGAAGUUUCUUCGGUGAUAUCAAACAUUCAUAAAAGUUUAGUAGAAGCACUAACAGCUUUACCACGACUUAACGACAAGUUUCAUGUAGCUGAAACAAAUUUCAAAUCAUACAGUCAAAUUAUUUCUGAAGAUGAAAAAUGUCAACAACUACAGGUGCUAUUAAAUCAAGAGCUUAGAGUCAACGUAGACAAAAUAAAAGAUUACAUGCAAACUUGGGAACCUUUUAGGGAUCUUUGGGAAGUCGAUAAGGAUAAAUUCAUAACCCGUUACGAAAAAGAAGAUCCCAGUGCCUUAUUGUUCGAUUCAAAUAUAGCCAGAUAUACGGAAAUGGCGAAUAACGUCAACAUACAAGAAACUGUAACCUCUGUACAUUUUAUGCAGAUAAAUUGUGCUGAACUGAAGGAAGCAAUCAUAGCGCACUGUAUAGAAUGGCAGGAAAAAUUAUGCACUUUGUUAUUUAAAAUGACAGACGCCAAAAUAAAGGAACUGUACGGAUAUAUUAGGACCAAUAGUGAAGAUAUAAUGAAAGAGCCUAGAAAUUUGGAGGAGAUGCAAAAUUCGAUAAUACUAUUCGAUUUGUUGAAAGAAGAUAUACCUACUAGGGAAGAAACUUUCCCUUUGAUAAAGGAGCAAAUAUUAACUUUGGAUAAAUAUAACGUUCCUAUACCUGAUUCUUUGAGGCAUCAGGAGAAAAAUAUACCAAAAGAAUGGGCCGCGUAUUUGGAGGUAUUGGAUCAAGCAGAAAAAAUGUUGGAGUAUUCAAAGGAAAAAUUCAAAACCGGGUUAUUAGAACAAGCAGAAAUUUCGAGGAAAGAAGCCAGGGAAUUGUUUGAAGAAUUCGAGGAAUCAGGACCUUUCACUUCGGAAAUAUCUGCCAAGGAUGCUCUAGCCUAUUUGGCGGCAACUAGAGCCAAGUUGAACGAAAUGAGAAUGAGAGACGAUGAAUUAAGAAACGAAUUGGCCAUUUUCGGAUUGAGCUUUGGGGAUAAUGUUGAUUUAUCGAGAUUGGACGCUGAAUUGGCAACAUUAGAACUAAUUUGGAGUUUAGUCGAUGAAUGGGAUAAGGCUUGGGAAAAAUAUAAAUCUGGAGAAUUUUGGGCGAUUGAAACGUCCGAAAUGGAAGAAACGGCUCAAAGUUUAUUCAGAAAAUUGACCAAACUCUCAAGAGAAUUCAAAGAUAGAGGUUGGACGAUUAUAGAAGAUACCCGUGCGCGAGUCGACGCAUUUAGAAGGACCCUUCCCUUAAUAGGCGAUUUGAAAAAUCCUGCCAUGAGAUCCAGACAUUGGGAUAAAGUGAGACGAAUCGUCGAAGUUGAUUUUGAUGAAAAUUCUCACGAAUUCAAUUUGGAAGCCAUAUACGCAAUGGAAAUGCAUAAGUUUGCUGAAGAAAUUAACGAAAUCUCGAAUGCUGCGACAAUGGAACUGCAAAUCGAAAAUGGUAUUGCGGCCAUUUCAAAGAUCUGGGAGACGAUGAAAUUCGAAAUGGUUCCUUACAGAGAACGACAACUCUAUAGGAUAAAAUCUGUCGAUGAGUGUUUCCAGCUUUUGGAAGAAAACCUAAUGCAGUUAUCUAUAAUGAAGAGUACCCGUUUCGUGGAACCUUUUACGAAGGAAGUGGAUAAAUGGGAGAGAGGGUUGUCCUACGUCAUGGAAUCCCUAGAAGUCGGUUUACAAGUGCAAAGGGAAUGGCUCUAUUUGGAGAAUAUAUUUUUUGGUGAAGACAUCCGAAGACAAUUACCCAAAGAAACGGAAGAUUUCGAUCAGUUAACGGAAACUUGGAGAGAUAUAACGACUCGAUUAUAUUUCUCCAAAUCUGCCCUGCAGGCGACCCAUUUUCGGGCACCCCCUUAUUUACUUAAUAAAUUAAAUAAAAUGUACGAUAAACUGGAUUUGUUGCAAAGAGCUUUGGAGACUUAUUUGGAAAUAAAACGUCACAUAUUUCCGAGAUUCUAUUUCAUUUCGAAUGACGAUAUGUUGGAAAUUUUGGGAAAUUCGAAAAAACCCGAAUUGGUACAACCACAUUUGAAGAAACUUUUCGAUAAUAUUAAUAAAAUAAAAAUUCAAAGAAAUACAGGUGUGAAUAAGCACGAAUGUUUGGGAAUGUUCGCCGACGAUGGCGAAUACAUAGAAUUCGUGAGACCUUUCUUCUUGGAUGGACCUUCCGAAGAUUGGUUGCUGCGUCUCGAAGCCGCCAUGCAAUUAAUAUUAAAAACAGCAUUCAAACCGAUCAGGAGCGAACUGAAGAAAAUGUUGAAUAAAAGAGACAAAUGGUUAUUGUCUAAUUGUGGGCAAUUGUGCAACGCUUCCAGCUUGAUUCAAUGGACAACCGAUUGCACUAGAGCUUUGGUACAUUCUAAAAUAUUAGAAAGUAAAAAGCCUCUGAAACGUCUGAGGAGGAAACAGAAUCAAGUUUUGAGCAAACUAUCAGAAUUGAGUCGAAAAGAACUAACGAAAUUACAAAGACUUAAAACCAACGCACUUAUAACAAUCGAAAUACAUUCGAGGGAUGUAAUUGAUAGAUUAUACAAAGCCAAUUGCAGAGAUACAAACGCUUUCGAAUGGUUCUCCCAGCUACGUUUCUAUUGGGAUAGAGAUCUUGACGAUUGUAUUAUAAGACAAACUAACACUUGCUUUAUGUAUGGCUACGAAUAUAACGGAAAUUCCGGAAGAUUAGUCAUAACACCUUUAACAGACAGAUGUUAUAUAACUUUGACUACGGCUCUGCAUUUAUAUCGAGGAGGUAGUCCCAAAGGUCCAGCGGGAACCGGUAAAACCGAAACAGUUAAAGAUCUUGGAAAGGCUAUGGGUAUGUGGGUGAUAGUCAACAAUUGUUCCGAGGGUUUGGAUUACAAAAGUAUGGGAAAAUGUUUUUCCGGUUUGGCUCAAACAGGCGCUUGGGGUUGUUUCGAUGAAUUCAAUAGAAUCAAUAUCGAGGUGUUGUCAGUUGUUGCUCAACAGAUAUUGUGUAUCCUAUCCGCUGUAUCUCAGAAACAGAAGUUGUUUGUAUUUGAAGGACUAGAGAUAAAACUGAAACUCACUGUGGGUAUAUUUAUAACCAUGAACCCCGGUUACGCUGGAAGGACCGAGCUACCGGAUAAUUUGAAAUCUAUGUUCAGACCCAUAUCGAUGAUGGUUCCGGAUAGUGGUAUUAUUGCAGAAAACGUACUAUUCAGCGAUGGAUUCCAAAAUACCAAAGUUUUAGCUAAGAAGGUUUUCACUUUAUACCGUCUGGCUGUACAACAAUUGAGUAAACAAGACCAUUACGACUUUGGAUUGAGAUCAAUGGUGGCGUUAUUGAGAUACGCUGGUAGAAAAAGGCGUUUAAUGCCCAAUACGCCUGAAGAACAAAUGGUUUAUCUAGCAAUGAGAGAUAUGAAUAUAGCGAGGCUAACUUCGGACGAUUUACCCUUAUUUAACGGAAUUAUGUCCGAUAUUUUCCCGGGUGUGGUAAUACCGGUGGUGGAUUAUAUGGAUUUGAAUUUAGCCAUAACGGAAUAUAUGGAAAAUAAGAAUUUGCAGCCUAUUCCGAUUGCUUUAACAAAAGUAAUUCAAUUAUACGAAACGAAAAAUUCGCGCCAUUCCGUAAUGAUACUUGGUAACACGUGCACCGCCAAGUCGGUAACUUGGCAGACGUUACAAGGCGCCAAUAGAAUUUUGAAAAAGCUAAACAAAUCCGGUUUUACUAACGUCGAAGUGUUUCCCAUGAAUCCGAAAGCCCUAAAUUUGGCCGAACUUUACGGGGAAUACAAUCUGAGCACCAACGAAUGGCUGGACGGUUGCAUAAGCGCUAUAAUGAGACAAACGUGCCAAGAUGAAAGCCCCGAUGAAAAAUGGAUUUUAUUCGACGGUCCGGUCGACGCUGUAUGGAUAGAAAACAUGAACAGCGUUAUGGACGAUAAUAAAGUUUUAACGUUAAUUAACAGUGACAGAAUAACGAUGCCGGAACAAGUGUCGCUGUUAUUCGAAGUAGGUGAUUUGGCGGUUGCCUCACCGGCAACGGUGAGCAGAUGCGGUAUGGUUUAUAAUGAUUAUAAAGAUUGGGGUUGGUUGCCUUACGUGACAUCUUGGAUAAAUAGCAAGAAAGCUUUUGGAGAAAAAUAUAUGGAUAGGAUGACAUACUUAUUUAAUAUUUAUGUUAAACCAGUGCUGGAAUUCAAGAGGUUGAAUUGUGAUGAGAAUGUAAAAACUGCCGAAUUGAGCCUGGUGAUAUCGUGCUGUAAUUUGCUCAAUAUAUUUAUGACGAAGCAAUUCGGAAUAAACCCGCAAAAUGAAGAAAAAUUUGACGAUUCCACGAAAGCUUGGUUCCUGUUCUGUAUGAUAUGGUCUGUAUGUUGCACUACAGAUGAAGAAGGGAGAAAAAAAAUAGACGCUUACCUUCGAGAAAAAGAAAGUGUUUUCCCAAUCAAAGAUACGAUUUUCGAGUAUUUCGUCGAACCUCAAAGUUUUUCUUUCAUUUCAUGGACGGAAAAACUACCAUACGGUUGGAGAUAUGAACCGGGGUGCCCUUUUUACAAGAUAAUUGUCCCUACUGUGGAUACAGUGAGAUACGACUUUUUGGUAAGCUCCUUAUUAACUAACGGGUAUCCUGUACUACUGACUGGUCCUGUGGGUACUGGAAAAACGUCAGUAGCUCAAACCGCCCUUUCUGCAUUGGAUCCCGAAAAAUACAGUAUUUUAUUUGUCAAUAUGUCAGCGCAAACUUCUUCUAAUAACCUACAGGAUGCAAUCGAAAGUAGGCUCGAAAAAAGGACUAAAGGUCAUUACGCUCCUCCUCGGGGUAAAAAAUUAAUUUCCUUUUUGGACGAUAUGAAUAUGCCCGCGAAGGAAGUGUACGGUUCCCAGCCACCGUUGGAACUCCUUCGACAAUGGAUCGAUUACACAUUUUGGUACGACAGAUUAAAACAAACCAGGAAAUACAUCGAGAUGAUGCACGUCUUGGGCGCGAUGGGUCCUCCAGGUGGUGGAAGGAACGUUAUUUCCGAGCGACUCAAAAGUUGUUUCAAUCUCAUAAACAUGACGUUCCCUGAGGACGAAACGUUGUCCAGAAUUUUCGGAAACAUGCUCGGACAACACUUGAGCGAUUUCGACGAAGUCGUCAAAUUGGUCGGUAGAGAAGUGACCGAAACGACAAUUGAUUUAUAUAAAAACGUCAUAACUAAAAUGUUACCGACUCCCGCAAAAAUGCACUACCUUUUCAAUCUGAGAGAUAUUUCCAAAAUAUUCCAAGGGAUGUUGAGGAGCCAUAAAGAUUACCAGAACGAUAAAACAACAUUACUUAAACUGUGGAUUCAUGAAUGUUAUAGGGUGUUUCAUGACAGACUGACAGAUGAAAACGAUAGAGAAUGGUUCGCCAAUCAAAUGAACGAUCAAUUGGGUCGUCAUUUUGAAUUAACUUUACACAGUUUGUGUCCCAACAAACAGAUACCGAUUUACGCUGAUUUCGUAAACCCUUAUCAAGUGUACGAAGAAUUUACCAACGUGUCAGUUUUGAGACAAUUUUUAGACCAACAGAUGGAGGAAUACAACGUAUCACCAGGAGUCGUUAGAAUGGAUCUGGUUUUGUUCAAAGAUGCCAUCGAACACAUUUGCAGAAUCGUUAGGGUGAUAUCGCAACCAAGAGGAAAUAUGCUACUUGUCGGAAUAGGUGGUAGUGGUAGAACUUCCCUUACAAGGGUGGCGGCUUAUAUUUGCGAGUUAAAUACGUUCCAAAUUCAAAUAUCGAAGAAUUAUAGAGUUAACGAAUUUAAGGAAGAUCUCAAGGUCCUUUACAGUUUAUCUGGAGUGGAUAUGAAACCGCAGGCGUUCAUAUUCAACGAUACCCAGAUAACUGUCGAAAGCUUUCUAGAGAUAAUUAAUAAUAUGCUCAGUAGUGGAGAAGUGGCUAAUCUGUAUAAAACUGACGAAUUUGAAGAUAUAAAAAAAAGAUUGGAAACUGCUAUAAAAAAGAACAACAUCCUUUUGACCAAUGAGGCUAUAUACGAAUUUUUGAUAAGUAGGGUUAGGGCCAAUAUGCAUAUAGUUCUUUGCAUGAGUCCUAUAGGGGACGCAUUCAGGAACCGUCUAAGGCAGUAUCCGGCUUUAAUCAAUAGUACCACCAUAGAUUGGUUCCAGGAGUGGCCCAAAGAUGCUUUACUGGAAGUCGCUAAUAAAUAUAUAGCAGAUGUCAAUUUCAAUCAAACUAUAACUGGAGAAGAAGCGAAAAAACACAGAGAUUCUUUGCUGUUGACAACCCAGGAUAAAAUGUGCCAGGCUGUUUCGGCGGUAUUCGCCACUAUUCAUGAUUCUGUGGCGAAGUGGUCCAAGAAAAUGUUGAACGAAAUAAAAAGACACAACUACGUCACCCCAACGAAUUAUCUAGAAUUAGUUGCCGGUUACAAAAAAAUGUUGGCGUCUAAAAGAGAAAUCAUAGCAGCCCAAGCUAACAAAUUGCGAAAUGGUUUAUUCAAAAUAGAAGACUGCAAAGAUAAAGUAUACACGAUGUCCAUAGAAUUAGCUGAAGCUCAAGUUCAAGUUGCAGAAUUCCAGCAACAGUGCGAUGAAUAUUUGGUUAUAAUAGUCACUCAAAGGAAAGAAGCUGACGAGCAACAAAAAGAAGUAACUAAAACUAGUUUGAAAAUCGGUGAAGAAGCUGUCCAAUGUAACAGAAUGGCCGAACUAGCUCAAGCAGAUCUAGAUGAAGCUAUGCCGGCUUUGGAAGAAGCCAUCAGAGCUUUGGAUUCCCUCAGCAAGAAAGAUAUCAGUGAAAUGAAAUCUUACCAAACGCCCCCGCAGAAAGUGAAGAUGGUAAUGGAAGCAGUGAAUAUUUUAGUCGGCGUCGAACCGAACUGGGACGCAGCUAAAAAGCUAUUGGGAGGCAUGAACUUUCUGCAAGACCUCAAGGAUUUCGACAAGAACCACAUUUCAGAGAAAACCUUGAAGAAGAUUGCCACUUAUACGAUGUCGGAGGAAUUUAUUCCGGAUAAAGUAGGAAUAGUGUCGUUUGCUGCUAAAUCUUUGUGCAUGUGGGUGAUAGCUAUUGAAAAAUACGCUAAAGUAUGGAAAAUUGUGGGGCCCAAAAAGGCGAAGCUAGACGAAGCGAUCGAAUCGCUACAAGAAAAACAAAGGCAGUUAGCUGAGGCACAAGCGAAGUUGGCUGAAUUAAAUAUGUAUUUACAGAAACUGCAGAAAGAGUAUGAAGAGAAGUUGGAACAAAAGGAAGAAUUGAAUCGAAAAGCGGAAUUAUUGAAAUUAAAAUUGGAACGUGCAGCCACUUUGGUCGAAUGUUUAUCCGGAGAGAAAGAAAGAUGGGGGGAAACCGUAAAAAUUUUAGACGGUCAAUUCGACAUGCUCCCCGGUGAUUGUUUGCUUUCGACCGCUUUCAUUUCAUAUUUAGGACCGUUUUUAUCGAAUUAUCGAGAGAAUUUGUUAAGUUUGUGGCAGACUGAGUGUCACGAACAAGAAAUUAUUUUCUCGAAAGAUUUCAAUAUCACGUCUUUCCUGACGGAUGCUACCACGAUAAGGGAAUGGAAUAUACAAGGAUUACCUGCGGAUAACUUCAGCACGGAAAACGGUAUCAUAAUUACCGAAGGUACCAGAUGGCCUUUGGUAAUCGAUCCGCAAUGUCAAGCACAAAAAUGGAUCAAAGCCAAAGAAGCAGAAUUCAAUCUUCAAGUAUUUGAUUUGGGAACUGCGUCUUAUAUGGGGAUAGUUGAGAAGGCUGUUCAAUUAGGGUACCCAGUACUACUCCAAAACAUCGGGGAAACGAUAGAUCCCUCUUUGGAGCCGAUCCUAUCAAGAGCUAUUGUCAAAUCCGGAGGAGAACUUUUGAUAAAGUUAGAAGACAAAAUGGUAUCAUACAAUAUGAAUUUCAAGUUUUUCAUAACGACGAAACUAACCAAUCCCCACUACCCUCCGGAAAUAUGUACGAAAGCAACAUUAGUGAAUUUCGCCGUGAAAGAACAAGGAUUAGAAGGUCAACUGCUAGGUAUUGUAGUAAGAAAGGAAAAACCUCAGUUGGAAGAACAAAAAGACGAAUUGGUUACAGCCAUAGCAAAAGGGAAACGAACUUUGAUUGACUUAGAAAACGAACUUCUUCGUUUACUGAAUGAAUCUCGCGGAUCAAUUUUAGAAGACGCAGCUUUAUUCGAAACCUUGCAGGUAUCGAAAGCGACCUCCGAAGCUGUAAAACAAAGCUUGGAAAUAUCCGAAACCACCGAAGUACAAAUCGAUGCAGCAAGAGAAGGGUAUAGGCCGUCAGCCAAUAGAGCCUCAAUUUUAUUUUUCGUUCUAAACGACAUGGGUCAGAUAGAUCCGAUGUACCAAUUCGCUUUGGAUGCAUAUAUUCUUCUAUUUAUCAAUUCGAUAAAUCGUAGCCCGAAAUCGUACGAGCUUUUGGAGAGGAUUUCUCUUUUAAACGAAUAUCAUACUUAUGCCGUUUAUCAGAACACCUGCAGGGCUCUUUUCGAACAACACAAAUUAUUAUUUUCCUUCCACAUGUGCAUGAAGAUAUUAAUGGCUCAAGGCAAGAUCCCAAGUCAUGAAUACAACUUUUUGCUAAAAGGAGGUGUUGUUUUGGAUAGGGCUAACCAAGUGGAUAAUCCUUGUGCCUCUUGGUUAAGUGAGGUAGCAUGGGACAACAUAACCGAAUUGGAUAAACUACAAGGUUUCCACGGGGUUAUUGAUACCUUCGAACAGUACCAAAGGGAUUGGAACCAGUGGUACAUUCAUACGGAACCGGAAACUUUACCUUUAAUAGGAGAAUGGGAUGGCAUCUGUAACGAAUUCCAGAAAAUGUUGUUCAUUCGUUCUCUGCGCCAGGAUCGGGUCUCCUUCGCUAUAUCUAAUUUUAUAGUGAACCAAUUAGGACCUCAAUUCGUGGAACCUCCCGUAUUAGAUAUAAAAGCCGUAUUGGAGGAAUCUUCCCCUCAAACACCACUGAUAUUUGUAUUAUCUCCCGGUGUUGAUCCAACUCAAGGAUUGAUUCAAUUGGCCGAGCAAUCGAAUAUGAUAACGAGAUUUCAAUCAAUCAGUUUGGGACAAGGACAAGCUCCAAUUGCUACCAAGUUAUUACAAGUGGGGGCAAAAGAAGGACAAUGGAUUUUCUUAGCAAACUGUCAUUUAUCCUUGAGUUGGAUGCCGAAAUUAGAUAAAAUAAUUGAGAUGCUCCAAACAGGAAAAGUUAAUUCUCUGUUUAGAGUAUGGUUGAGCUCGAGUCCGCAUCCGGAUUUUCCUAUAUCAAUUUUACAAGCAGGGAUAAAAAUGACAACCGAACCACCUAAAGGACUCAAAGCGAAUCUGAAAAGAUUAUAUCAAAUUAUAACCGAGGAACAGUUCACGGCAUGUCAAUAUCCUGAAAAAUAUAAGAAAUUAUUAUUUUCUCUUUGUUUUUUCCAUGCCAUUUUACUCGAACGAAAAAAAUUCCAACAGCUCGGCUGGAAUGUCAUUUACAGUUUCAACGACUCGGAUUUUCAGGUAUCAGAAAACCUCCUGACUAUAUAUUUAAACGAAUACCAAACUACCCCUUGGGACGCUCUAAAGUAUUUAAUUGCCGGUGUAAGUUAUGGUGGACAUGUCACCGAUGAUUGGGACAGACGCUUAUUGACAACCUAUAUAAAUCAGUAUUUCUGCGACGAUUGCUUGAACGUAGCUUAUUUCAGGUUGUCAUCGUUAUCCACCUACUACGUACCACGAGAUGGUUCGAUUCAAUCAUAUUUGGACUACAUCACCCUUUUACCGAAUGUGGAUAGACCGGAAGCGUUCGGUCAACACCCCAAUGCUGAUAUCACUUCAUUGAUAAGCGAAUCCAGGAUGUUGUUUGAAACUUUGAUGUCGCUACAAGUUCAAGCCGUUUCCGGAAGCGAUAAAUCUAAAGAAGAAAGAGUAUCCGAAUUAGCCGAAGAUGUAUUAUUGAAAUUACCGAAUAUAAUUGAUUACGAACAUACCGAGAAGUUGAUGGGAGCUACAAAAACUCCUUUGGAUGUAGUGCUACUACAAGAAAUUCAAAGAUACAAUGUGUUAUUGUUGAGAAUUCAAUCAUCUUUGGAAGAUCUAGGAAAAGGAAUAUUGGGUUUAGUUGUUAUGUCUUCGGAAUUGGAAGAAAUAUUUGAUUGCAUAUACGAUGGAAGAGUACCUCCAACCUGGUUAACAGCGUAUCCUUCGUUAAAGUUACUGGGUAACUGGACCAGAGAUCUUGUAGCUAGAGUAGAACAUUUUACUGCAUGGGCGAAAACACUGCGACCUCCAUUAUUUUUUUGGUUAGCCGCCUAUACUUUUCCCACUGGAUUUUUGACUGCCGUUCUUCAGACUACAGCUCGUGCAAGUGAAGUACCCAUCGAUACAUUAGGUUGGGAAUUUACUGUUUUAACUAUCGAAGAAAAUAUGAUACAGAUACAACCAGAAAACGGGGUUUAUGUCAAAGGAACGUUUUUGGAAGGUGCCGGUUGGGAUAAGAAGAACGCCAUGUUGAUUGAACCCCAACCGAUGCAGCUUGUUUGUACGAUGCCUCUGAUACAUUUCAAACCGGUUGAACAAUUAAAAAAGAAAACUAAAGGUUUGUAUCAAUGUCCUUGUUAUUAUUUUCCGAUUAGAACUGGAAGCGCUUUUAGACCGGCCUUUGUGGUGGCCGUCGAUUUGAAAGUUGGACUUGAAUCAUCAGAUUUUUGGAUUAAAAGAGGAACUGCUUUGUUAUUAAGUUUAGCUACUUAAUUUUUGUUAUUAAGUAUUAUUAAACGUUUGUUAUUGGGUUUAAAAUAAAAAUUGGAACUAAAAUGAA